AGUGUAAGCUAGCAAAGAUAAAUUAGACAAAGAAACCCUGUGAAGAGACUGACUGAAACAGAGUGCAAAGUGACGGACGUUGAAGGGAGCAAACGUAUUACAAAGCUAUAUGCGUCAUUCGAUAUAUAUGGGGGUGUAAAAUUGAAAGAGGGUUACAUGAAGAUGGCAUCAUGAAGGACUCUGUGAUUACAUAAAAAACUCCCACCUCUAAACAUUUCAAGAAUUCUAGAGAACUUCUAGUGUUUUAAGGACGUGGGUGAGUGGUACCUUUAAGCCAGUGAUGUCACGGGUUCCCACCCCCCCUCCUCCUGGGGAGAUGUCAAGUGGACCUGUGGCAGAGAGCUGGUGUUACACACAGGUCAAAGUUGUGAAGUUUUCCUACAUGUGGACCAUAAACAACUUUAGUUUUUGCCGAGAAGAAAUGGGAGAGGUGUUGAAGAGUUCCACCUUCUCUUCCGGCCCUAAUGAUAAAAUGAAGUGGUGUUUGCGAGUCAAUCCAAAAGGACUUGAUGAUGAAAGCAAAGAUUAUUUGUCACUGUAUUUACUACUUGUUAGUUGUCCAAAAAGUGAAGUGAGAGCAAAGUUUAAAUUUUCCUUGCUGAAUGCUAAAAGAGAAGAAACGAAAGCAAUGGAAAGCCAAAGAGCAUAUAGAUUUGUCCAAGGCAAAGACUGGGGCUUCAAAAAAUUUAUACGGAGRGAUUUUCUUCUUGAUGAAGCUAAUGGACUCCUACCUGAUGACAAGCUCACCCUGUUUUGUGAGGUAAGCGUUGUCCAAGACUCCGUCAACAUUUCGGGMCAGUCCAACAUGAACAUGCUGAAAGUACCGGAGUGUCAGCUGUCUGAUGACCUAGGAAAUCUCUGGGAGUGUUCACGCUUUACAGACUGCAGCCUCUAUGUGGGAGGGCAAGAGUUCAAAGCCCACAAAUCUAUCCUUGCAGCGAGGUCGCCAGUCUUUAAUGCAAUGUUUGAACAUGAAAUGGAAGAAAGUAAAAAGAACCGUGUUGAUAUUAGUGAUGUGGAUCCAGACGUCUUUAGGGAAAUGAUGGGCUUCAUAUACACAGGAAAGGCCCCGAACUUGGAGAAGAUGGCAGACAAUUUGUUGGCAGCUGCAGAUAAAUAUGCUCUGGAGCGUUUAAAGGUCAUGUGUGAAGAGGCCUUGUGCAACAGCCUUUCAGUGGAGAAUGUGGCCGACACCCUCAUCCUGGCUGACUUGCACAGUGCCGAGCAGCUCAAAGCACAAGCCAUAGAUUUUAUCAACAGGUGCAGUGUCCUGAGACAGCUGGGCUGUAAAGAUGGAAAGAACUGGAAUAGCAAUCAUGCCACAGAUAUAAUGGAGACUGCAGGCUGGAAGUCAAUGAUCCAGUCCCAUCCACACUUGGUAGCUGAAGCCUUCCGUGCCCUGGCUUCGGCUCAGUGCCCACCCUUUGGUCUUCCGAGGAAGCGACUAAAACAGUCCUGACUGCCCGACUGUGACCCAGGACUAAGCUGAAGGGUGUGAAGCAUGGGUUUACAAAGAAAGGACUAUUGUGGGGUGCCACUUUUAUUUCCACCAAAACUGAACACACUUGAAUAAGGGACAGUGAAGCUUUCUGGCCAGAGAUGUGGGAAGGCUGGCACAUGGAAGGCUGACAUAAAUGGAUUUGGAUAACAGUUGAUUCAAUCGGCGUUGCUUGCUCGCUUGCUUUGCUGCCUCAGCUGAAUUCUGUUCUGCCGGGCAGCAAGCCAAGUUCUCAGCUACAGUUUUUUUUCCCUGUAAUUUUUAAAAUGGCCUUAAUAUAUCUGCCAUUGCUCUGGACCUGCUCUAGAGCGCUUCGUCUAUUUUACUCUGUGCCUGCCUUGUCACAAAGACCAGGCCUCCUCCAGGUUGCACUAGUUCCCAUGUAUAGUCAUUUUGAUAAGGAGUUCUAUAGGAACGUGACAAAGAUUUAACUAAAUGGGAAAUAUUAUAUAUUUGUAAUGUUUAGCCCGUUUUGUGACUAGACAUUAAAAAGCAUGAACACUCAGUGCAAUGUCAGUUCUUUACACUUUUUAAAAAAUGUGUAUGCCCCAUAUUGAUGGCACCAUUUUGAUGUAAGUGACAGUUGAACCAUCUUUAAAAGACCAAUGUACAAGRAAAUCCAUUAUGUUGCAUUUUUGUGUGGGGGGAAAAAUAGUAAUCUGCCAUUUUCAAGACCAGUGUCAAAUACUUCGGUCCUAAAACAUUGGAAUGUUCUUAUUCUCCCAUUUGAGUGACAUAUUCCAGAUCAUACAUCUGUGAACUGUUAUGGAUACAAUUUAGAGAAUUUUUUCUUUUAGUAUUGCCAAUUUGCAAAUAUAUCUUCUCAGUAUAUUGUGGUAAACUAAAAAUGGAGAGACAAAUGCAUGGUCGUGUUAUUGUCAAGAGAAAGUGUCCAAGUUCCAGUCAUUUUUUUUUCAAUCAAUUUAUUUUCUGCAACUAUCUGAUAUGUGUGCAGAAUGACAUGAAUUGAGUAUGUGCAAAAUUGUCCUUACAUGCUUGGAUAUCUGUAGGAUGCUGAGCAUCACUUCUACUGACAAUGUUAUUCUGUGUUUGAAUGGGGGGGUCGUCAUGUUAUUAAGUCCGUCUCGUAUGUAGUGUGGUGUGACAGACACUUCAGAGGAUUUUGUAAACCGAGAGUAGCGUCAUUUUUCUAUGAUAUUACUCGUCAAUCAGCAUCAUGUCAAAACUUUGGAAGUGCAAAAAAAAAAGAAGUUGUUGUCUGCAAGAAUGCCUGCAUUAACCCAUUAAAACAUUUUCCAGCAGUUUGAA